AUGAUCCUCAGCCUCGUCAUUCUCAUCCUCACCACCUUCAUUCUCAUCCUUAUCAUCCUCACCCCACCAUCCUCCUCCUCGACCUCAUCAUCCUCAUCCUCACCAUCCUCACCAUCUUCAUCCUUAUGAUCCUUAAUUGCACUAUCCUUAUCCUCAUCAUCCUCACUGUUAUGA